UUGUGUGUGUUGGGAAUUGCAGACAGUGCCUGGGAUUUCCAGUGGCUCUUGUGUGAUCAGGCCCCAGAAUCCAGUUAUAGACACAGAAUUAUUUGAUACAUGGUGCAAACCGACUGGCAAAUGUUGUGCAUAUAAUACUCAGCCCCUUGAAUCAAGACGAGAGAGAGAGAGCGUGGUACCUUCAGGGAAAAACAGAAUCCUCUUGAGAAGAGAGCUGUUUAGGUUUGGUUUAGGGAAGUUUGUUUGGUCUAAUCUUUUUUCCUGCCUGUGCCCACCUCAUAUCAGUAAAUAAUGAAUAUCCCCAGGUCGCUUAUUCAUGAAUAUCUCCCCUGGAGAUGAACAGUGAUAAUCUCACCAGCCUGUCCAAUUGGUCCCCAAACACGGAUUCCCUGGCUGUCCCAGGGACAAUGCAGCAUUAACACAACGGGGGAUCAGUCUCUACACAAAAAGUGCCAACAUGAGGGAGAAGAGGCUCACCACUGAGCCUCCAGAUAUAACAGAAGAUGCAUUUGAAGAUUAUUUAGCGACAGAUGAUAUGCUUGUGAACUACUUUAAUGAAUUCUUGAAUCUUCCAACCUUUGCAGAGCCAGUUAAGUUUAAUCCUGAUUUUGGCGUUUUUGAAGUAGUUAAUGAUACCCCACAAUGUCUGGAAAGCCAGCUGAAAAAAAUUCUACAUAAUCAGAAACCUCCCAGUCCCAUUUAUGAUGUUACAAGGAAGGCAAAGAAUGAUGGGCAGCUUUCCAAAAAGAGCAGCAUUUUUCCAGACUUCAGUGUUGACCCAAAUUACAGUAUUAUGCGUCUUGAGCGAGAACAGGGAAUUCAGUGGAUUAAGAAAGAAAGACUCCCAGCCUUUCUAAAAAGUGAUUGUUACUUUGAAUACAGGUUAGCUAAACUGCUUUCGCAGGUAGAAUGGAGCAGAACUGGUAUUAACUUCAUUAUAGAUACAACGUAUUAUCCCUGGAUUAUGAAAAGAGAGCUGACACCUCCUUUUCCUGAGGAGGAUGAAGAGGAACUAAUUAUGAGAAAGUUCUAUGUUUCACUUGGCAAGGCUACAGUUACUCAGACAAAGGAUUGGUUUACACUAGCCAAAAAAAGUCAGCAAACAACAACUACAGAUACAAUUACUCAUCCUUUAGUUUCCACUCAAAUUCAAGGCACACAGUAUUGGUCUACAGGCCCUCAGAGAACUAUUGCAUACAACCACAAGGUCAGCCCAGAUUCCGUUCCUUCUCAAGGCACAUGUAGUUUUUCUGCUCAGUCUUACACAGCUGAUUUAUACAGCAGUAGCAGCAGUAAUCUAGGAGUGGAUUCCCUGGAUAUGGAAUACAGUCAAAGGAGUCUUCCCCUCCCCCAGAGGACAGGAACUGCAAAAACUAACAAUGUUAGAGGGAGAUCCAAAAGUACAGAGGUUGACACUUCUGUAUCCAUUGCUGACACUCCUUCCCACACUAUGUUAAGAGUAUACCUAGACCAGAAAUGGGAGAAUGGUGCUGAGGAGAAAGAAAAUCUGGAAUACGAUGGUAGGCAGGAAAUGACAGCUUUUCAAACAUUAGACGAGUUUACAUCAACUUAUAUUCAGUAUAUAGUGAAUGAAUCAGUUUCAAAACUGACGGGAGAACCGGCCGCUAAGAGCAAGACUGAUAUGAACUUCAGUAAACUGUCCAAAGUAUUUAUACAUGAGUUAUCAAAUAAUCAACUUUCUGCUACUGCUGCAGAGCCACUUACUUCUCAGAAUAUCUCUCUGUCCAACAAGUUAGACUCCAAAGGACAUUGCAUAAAACAGGAGACUGAAGAAGUGAGUUCAAGUUCAAGGUCUGAAAGUGAUGUCACAGACAGUCGGGCUGCCUGGUGUACCAGUCACAGAACUUAUGAUAUUGGCAACAGAAAUGAGUUUGAAAGAUUCAAGAAGUUCAUAAAAGGAACUUUGGGUGAAAGGUACUGGUGGCUCUGGAUGGACAUUGAAAGACUAAAGGUCCUUAAGGACACUAGAAGACAGCAAAGACAGCUUGAUAAAAUGAAAAAACUCUAUCUAGUGAGCAGUGGCGAUUAUUUUCUCAACUCAGAAGUCUUAUUCAAACUGGACCUGCUACUUGGAGACCAGUGGAAUACAAGACACUUAAAAUGGAUUCAGCCUGAAGUAGUGAAACCUUUACUUCUUUACUGGGGUCCCAGAUUUUGUGUCACUCAUACAGCUGCAGUACAAACUGCCAGUGCAAAGUUGAAGCAGUGGCACACCUCUCAUGAGAGACCAAGGACGGAUAUUGAUCCUUACCCACAAAUGGUGACAUUGUUACCACUGAGAGCUAAAUCUUGCAUUCCAAGGAUAGCACCUUCCCAUCCUCAGAGAAAUGAAACCAGCUCACCCACAACCUUAUUAAAAACAAAUGUGACGAAUUUAUCUUCUAAGAGAGCUACCAGAUUAUUGUCAGCUACCCUGCCACCAAGUGGAACCAUCACAAAGGAUGAUUUCUACAGCGUAACCAAUAAACCUGAUGUUAGUAGAAAAAGGCCAAAAUCAGUGGGAAGCAACAUGACUCGUCUCUUGGCUGUUACUGAUGAUACAAAAUGCCUGAAGUCCCAAACAGAUAGAAAAUACACCUAUGCUGAGCUGCUCCCAGGUAAAAGUCCUAGAGAGAGUGUUGUCCUAGGGAGUUCUAAAAUGGAAUGUAUGCUGCAGUCUCUUUAUGUGGAGAACAGAGCAGGCUACUUCUUCACACGCUUCUGUGAGAAGUCAGGGAAUGAGCUGUGGAAGAACAGUGCGUACUUUUGGUUUGACCUACAGGCUUAUCAUCAACUUUUCUACCAAGAAACCCUUCAGCCUUUUAAACUAUGCAAGCAAGCUCAAUUCCUUUAUGCCACUUACAUUGCUCCUUCUGCCAGCAUGGAUAUUGGACUGCAACAGGAUAAGAAAAAUGAGAUUUAUCAGAAAAUUGAGCCACCUUAUGAGGAUCUUUUUGACCCAGCAGAAGAAUAUAUCCUCACCCUUCUGCUGGUACCAUGGAUGAAAAUGGUGGAAGUAGACAAAUCCAUUUAUGGAAAGGUGGAGCUGGUGGAAGAAAGUCGACAGCUGGACUCAGUGUACUUUAGAAAGCUACAGGCUUUGCAUCAAGAGAGUGUUUCCAAGAAGGAUGAGAGUAUUGUUCCUGAAGUCAGUCCCCUACCUCAGCCUGAUGUUCUCAGAGAAGCACAGCUCUUAAGUGAAGUCCCUGAGGAAUACAGAGGCUGUAGCCUUCACGACCUGAUCCGCAAUGGACUGGAGUUAGAACAGUUCCGACUCUUUCUUGAAGAGCAUUCUGCCGUCAUGGAUCUCAUGUGCUGGAUAGACAUUGAACAAUUCAGAAGGAUGCUCCACAAGGAAAAAGAAAAAAGAGAGGAAAAAUCUAAAGAUAUUAAAAACAAGUACCUAAAUAAAAAAUACUUCUUUGGACCCAAUAGUCCAGCUACAAAAGAACAACAAGACCAGCUAAUGCAGUCAGGUGGAGGCUGGGGACACAUACUUCAUGAUCGACUUUCCUCAGCAGUUCUGCUAGAAAUUCAAAAAUACGUCCAGAUGAGGCUAGAAAAAAAGUGGCUGCCAUUGUUCCUGGCAAAAGAACAAUCUGGGGCACGUAGAAAAACAAAGCCACAGAUAAGGGACAUAGCUGAAGAUCUCCUAAUCCAGAGAAAUGAGAAGAAGAUUGGGUCCUGGAAGGCAAGUAAACAUGUGGACAAUAAGUGGGUUUCUUCAUCUAGAGAAAUAAUCAUGUUCCGUAAAGCGCUGCUGAAUCCAGUAACAGCAUUACAGUUUCAGCGCUUUGUGUCUUUGAAAGGAGAUUUACUGGAGAACGGAGUGCUCUUCUGGCAAGAGGUUCAGAAAUAUAAGGAUUUGUGCCAUUCUCACUGUGAUGAUGCCACUAUCCAGAAUAAGAUCACAGCUAUCAUCAACUGCUUUAUUAAUUCCACCAUCCCACCGGCUCUGCAAAUUGACAUCCCACAAGAGCAAGCUCAGAAGAUUAUUGAGCACAGGAGAGAACUAGGGCCAUAUGUAUUUAGAGAGGCGCAGAUGACUAUUUUUGCUCUUCUGUUUAAAUUUUGGCCAAAAUUUUGUGAAUUUCGAAGCAAUUUGGCAGAUGAGAAAAUUUUGCCUACUUUGGAGAGAAAAAAGGAAAAGAAGAGACAAAAAUUUAAAAGAAAAACAACAGAGGAAAGACUCGCACUUGUAAAGCAAGUGAAAAAAGUUGUCAGCUUAUCAGAAAGUAUUUCUGUGGAUGACACCAGUCUGGGUAGAGGAACACCUUCAUCUGUAACUGGAUAUGGACGACAGGUUUCCUGGUCUUAUUCCAAGUACAUAGAAGCCCUCGAGCAGGAGAGAGUACUCCUUAAAAUACAAGACGAUCUGGAGAAAAGGACAUCAUUAUUUUCUACAGGUUUCUCAUCCACGACUUAUUUGAAGCCAGACUUCACUGCAAAUCCAGAGAAAUCCAUCACUUCAUCAAACACUAGUCUGAUUUGGGAGAAACAGUCCAAUCUUCCCAAAGAUGUGGGAAGAGGAUUUAAAACCUAAAUGAAGAACAGAACGCUGAGAUAAUGAAUUAUGGCGGCCUUGGGAUGAGCUAGCAGUCAAAAUAAAUAAUGUGUGGUUAGUUUUGCACUCAUAUUUUCAGAGCACAGAUAAUCAGUUGGGAUAUUUAAAAGCCAACAGAUGCUAGAAUCAAGAUAACAGAGGAAAGUCCUCCAACAUACUCCAUAGCAAUAUAAUGUUGUUCUUAUUUACACUGGGUGCUGCCAAGAGGCUGCCAUCAGGAUUAGGUACAAUCACACAUAUAAACACACAGGUAGAUGUGGUUUCUGCCCCAAAGAUCUUACAAUUGGAUUCAGCUUCUUCAGUGCCUGAGCUAAUGAAUAAGUGCUACACCAUCUUAAAUACAGCCCAAUGCAUUUGCUAAAGCAGAGGUGGGCAAACUACAGCUCGUGGGCCACAUCCGGCCCAUGGGACUGUCUGCCCAGCCCUUGAGCUCC